AUGUCUCGUCAUACAAGGAUUCAUAUAGGGAACAUCUCACCCAAGCUUGCAGAGUCUCCCGAUAAUCUUACCAAGAGACUCUCCAAGUUCGGUGACGUUGUUUCGCCGUUGGAAUUGCAUUCCAAACCGUUGAAUGAUCAUUACUAUGGGUUCAUCACUCUAGACAUAGCUCCCAAAAACUUGCACACACUUUUGACAUCUCUCAAUAACGUAUUGUUCAUGGGGAUGAAGUUGAACGUCAACACUGCCAAACCCAGUUUCCAAGACCAAUGGAAGAAAGACAGUGAGAGACAGGUUCCGUUUGCAUCAAAGGAUAAGGUACAAGCACAAAGACAAACCAGGAUAUCAGAGUAUACUUGUAAUUACCACAAAAAUCCCGUCACCAACACCUUGACCACAAUGUGUCCCAGCACAGGCUACUCUGUAUCUGCACACGUAUUUAUGGAUAAGGCUGCCAAUACCAAAAACUCCUCACCUUCACUCACUUUGGUAGGAUCCAAGUCGUAUGGAUCUUUGACCCGACCUACCAAGUUUUACGAACAACGGCACGCCAUGAUCGCGGGGGGAGGCGAGGUGAUCAGAGGAAGAAUACGGAAAACUCCCCGGACGAAAGAGAAGGCUAAGGCCCAAUCGUUGAGGAUCUUGAUUAACGGGAACUUGAAGCUGAUUAAGGCCUACAAGACCAAGUUAUGGGGGUACGAAAAACACAAAACCGCAAGUGACUUGACGUGGUACUAUGACAACGGAGUAUGGAAGGGUGGAGACGACCAUGUUAUUGAGCGUGUGGACUUUAAGUGUGGAAUAAAUGGAGCUCAGGCUAUGGACUAUGGAAAGCAGUUAGACAUGGCACCAGAACCAUCCGAUGGGUCUCAGACAGCCAGUGAAAAUCAGGAGAAGCAGAAGGCUUUGUCGGUAUUGGCCAGCAUGUUUGUUCACCAUGAUUUUGAUAAACCGACCGAGUUGGAAGAUGAUGAAGAGGAAGUGGUGGUGGACAGUAAAGGAAGGAAGAAAGCUGUGAGAUUCGACUAUGAAACAGAAGGGACUGUCUUGAAUGUGGAGCAUUCAGACUCAGAUAAAGAAGACACGUUGUAUGUGGCGGAUAUAAUUGAAGAGUUCAAGAGCCAAGCGCAAAUACCGCUGCCAGAGGUUUAUUAUGAUGAAAGUGACGAGGGAAAUGAGUUGGACUUUGAUACGUUGGGACGGCAGUAUAGUACUGAGAAUAUGGCUCACCAGUAUUUGGAGUCUCACAAGGAGAAGGAAGAUAUUGAAGACGAAGAUAAAGAUGACGAUGAAGCUCACAAGGAUGACUCUUCAGAGGAAGAGUUCAUACCAACAUUCGGGUCUGCUCCCCCCAAGAGCAAUACAGAAGCGUUGAGAAGCUUGCUCAACCCUCAAGAAUCAUCUGGUUUCAGCCUUGGCCUCGCCCAAGACGACAUCGAUACCUCCAAACAAGUUGAUGUAGCCGAGCAGCAGCAAGUAUUGAAGCUGAUCAAGUCGAAACAAAAAGAACACCAUCAACAACAAGACGAGGUGAGUGAACCAACCAGUUCAAGAUUUGGACUCUUCUGGAUGCACACAGAAUCGCCCUUCUUACAAACCCAAACUCAGCUCAGCAAAUUGGGGUACGUUUCUGAAAAGGUCAAAUUGCCUGGCGAAGACGACGAACAAAUUGGCAGCACUAACCCUGAGGAAGAAACUCCCUAUGAAAAAUGGUUUUGGAAUACGAGAGGAGAAGUAUCGAGAGAGUGCAAGAGAAGAAAGAGAGACGUCUUGAGAGUGUUGAAGAAGAAGUCGGGUAAGAAUUUUGUAGUUUAGCAUAUAAUAGAACUAGCAUUUAGCAUCCACAAACCAACU